AUGUUAUAUAGCCUCUCCUGAAAGCAAGCAAAACAUGUUCCCACUGUGGCCCCAGAAUUUGUGCAAAAUUCAGUUUUUCCGUGACAUUCAAAAUCAGUAUACUAGUAUAUAUUUUUACAAUAAUAUUUUUAAUUACAUGUGUGAAGUUAAAGAUUGUAGAAGGUCAUUUGAGCGUCUCGUUUGUAUGUAUACAAGAGCAGAAAAAAUAAUUCGCGGUAAUCAUAUUUUUUAGUCUUCGGAACUCUAUGUAAAAGCAUAUGGGAACUGAGUGAUUGCCUUCCGUGAGUUGCAAAUUACAAAUAAUUGUAGUGUGAAAUAUGGUACCGAAGAGAAGAAUUUCUGUAGAAAUGUAUUGAAUUAGUGCUUGUCCUUGGAUAUGGCUGAUUCUUUGAGUACAGAGAAGAAGUCACGACUCAAUCAAGAAGCAAAAUGUUCGAUUUUGGGCAAGCAUUUGAGCAAAUCAGCUUCAGAAUUGAGUUGUCGGGAUUGCAGUGUAGAUUCACCAUCCGGAUCACCGCACAGAACACGGAGUAUAGCAAAUCCAGCAGUAUCUGGAGUUUUGCAAAAGACCCAUGGAUUCUUUAACACUCUCAAACAUCGUCUGGGACGUGGGCGAAGUAAGGAACGAGGACGUCGUUCACCACAAGAUGGUGAUAUACCUGAAAAACGUGAGAGUACUGACUAUGCUGCCGACAAUAGCUCAGAUCAUAGCAGUUCCGUGACACCUCUGACCCAGUCUCCAAGGCACAGGGCAACAACAAUAGGAGAAUCACCAUUGACCCGAGCAGAUAGUUCUGUAACGAAAGAGAGUAGCAUACUAAAAGGAUUCCUCGAUAAAGGACGGGACAAUGAGGCGACUUCCAGUAAGGAAUGCACCUUGGAAUUUUUGCAAACGGAUGAAGCGCAAAAGAGGCGGGAAAUUGCUCUGAGGCAGCAUGCAUUUUUCCAGCUACGGAUUCACUUGCUGAGUGGUCAUGAUCUUGUUGCCAUGGAUAAGAAUGGAACCAGUGAUCCCUAUGUAAAGUUCAAAGUUGGCGGUAGACUACUAUACAAGUCACGGACCGUACAUCGAGAUCUCAAUCCAGUUUGGGAUGAGACUUUUGUGGUACCAAUAGAAGAUCCAUUUCAGCCAAUAAAUAUCAAAGUGUUUGACUACGAUUGGGGCCUACAGGACGAUUUUAUGGGUUCAGCACAGCUGGAUUUAACUUCCGUUGAGCUGUGUCGAGCCCAGGAAAUCGUCUUGAAGCUUGAGGAUCCUUCCAGGUCGGGUCGGACAUUGGGAGAAAUCAAACUCAACAUAACACUCUGGCCACGUACUCAAGAGGACAAAGAACAGUAUUUUCAGCGUCAUCCCAAAUUGGCAGAUGCUUCUAAAAGGCUUAAAUCCCAGAUAUGGAGUUCUGUCGUUACAAUUGUCCUUGUUGAGGCACGUGGACUUCCACCGGACCCUGAGGGUAGUUUAAGUGAACCUUACGUUAAAUUUAGAUUAGGCAAUGAAAAAUACAAAAGCAAGUGUUCAUGGAGAUCCAGAUGGUUAGAACAAUUCGAUCUGCAUUUAUUCGAUGAAGAACAGAAUCUGGAGGUGUCUGUAUGGAGGAGAAAUGUGCAAUUGGGAAAGUGUAUUAUUGAUCUACGAAGUCUUCCUCGUGAACGCACACACGGUAUGUGGCAGACACUUGAAGACCUGGCUGGAAGUAUUUUCCUCCUCCUGACAAUCAGUGGAACCACCGCAUCCGAAACAAUUACCGAUCUCACGAACUACAAAGAAGAUCCAAGAGAGCGUUUAACCCUGGAGAAACGUUACCAUUGGCACAGGUGCUUCCAGAAUCUACGCGAUGUAGGGCAUCUGACUGUAAAAAUUUUCGGUGCAACAGGAUUAGCUGCGGCAGAUUUGGGAGGAAAGUCUGAUCCUUUUUGCGUGCUAGAACUUAUUAAUGCGAGAUUACAGACACAGACGGAGUAUAAAACACUUUCCCCAAACUGGAACAAAAUUUUCACUUUUAAUGUUAAGGAUAUGACAUCAGUGCUGGAAGUGACAGUUUUUGAUGAAGAUCGGGAUCACAAAGUAGAAUUUCUUGGGAAAUUAGCCAUCCCACUUUUACGUAUUCGAAAUGGCGAGAAACGUUGGUAUGCUCUGAAAGACAAGAAACUGUUCUCAAGGGCUAAAGGUGUAUCACCGCAAAUUCUUAUGGAGCUGACAGUGAUCUGGAGCCCAGUGAGGGCAGCAAUCAGAGCCCUGGAACCACGAGAAGAGAAACUUGUUCAGCAAGAAGCUAAAUUCAAGCGGCAACUAUUCCUUCGAAAUGUAUCGCGCCUAAAAGAGGAAGUGAUGUAUGUGCUUGAUUGUGGGCGAUGGAUACAGAGUUGCUUUGAAUGGGAAUAUCCAAUGAGGUCAUUCUUCGCUCUGGUCUUUUGGAUUUGCGGAUGCAUUUGGUUUGAUGUAUCCACAAUUCCUGCCUUAAUGCUAUUGCUGCUGCUGAAAAAUUGGUUCGUAAAGUGGAUCACUGGACCAUCAUCUCAUACCGUGACCGAUGAAUAUGAUAUGGCCAGUGAUGAUGAGGAUGACGAUGAUAAGGAGAAGGAAGAAAAAAAGACAAUUAAGGAACGUCUUCAGGCAAUUCAGGAAGUUUCACAAACUGUACAGAAUACCAUUGGGUAUUUGGCGUCUCUAGGGGAAAGUGUUAAAAACACUUUCAAUUUUUCCGUCCCAGAAUUGAGUUGGUUGGCUGCUAUUCUGCUUUUCUUGGGUGUACUAGUCCUUCAUUUUGUACCUAUGAGGAUAAUUCUUCUUCUUUGGGGUAUUGUUAAAUUCUCUAGGCGCCUAGUUAGACCACAUAGUGUACCCAACAACGAAGUCCUCGAUCUUCUGUCUCGUGUUCCCGAUGAUGAUGAACUUAUAAUGUUCAGAGAAUUAGUAACACAUUCAACGCCUGAGAUGACGAGGAGAGAUCCUAGAAAAAAGAUGAAAGCUGCUUAAAUCAAUUGUUGCUUAAGAAAUAUUUUGUGACGGCUUUCUCAUGCUUUUGAGAAAACCAACAACAAAUUUUGUGAUUUUUCAUUACCCUCCAAAAGAUAAGUACUAAGUUUUUCCAAAAACACAAAAAAAAAAACAACAACACAUAGACACAAUAUCUCCCAAAACAAUCAAAUAUAUCAAUAGUAUUUAAAAGAAUAAAUAAAAAAAAUAAAGGAUAAAAAAAUAGAAUGAAAAAUAUGAAUAUCAGUAAAUUUUUUAACAAUGAAAUUUAGUGCUUUUGAAAAGGAAUGACAAAUAUUUUUUCGUUAUUUUACAUGAAAAAAAACUUAGCUAGGUUUUAUCCAAAUGAAUAGUUUUUAUUGUAGUGUGAUGCACCAAAAACAAACAUUCCACAUUUUUAUGAAUUUUUCAAAAAACAUAAAAGUGAAGUAAAAAUUGGUUCAAUUAAGUGGUUCAAUUAUCUUAUGAAAAUCAAUUAACAAAAAUGUUUGAACCUAUAAAUCCUAUCUUGUAUGAGAUUUUCUUCCAAAUUUAAUGAGAUUAUCUAAUUCUUAAGCUUGAACAAAACAUGGUUCUGCAAAUAUUAAACAAUUUACACAGCUAUUUGGCUGAUUAUUCAAAACAGCUUUUCCCAAAAAAAAAAGUAAAACAGAAGAAAAAACGAUUUUAAUAGGAAAUAGCUGAUGUCUUUUUCGAAGAUACGCAGAAAAUUUAUUAGAGAAAGAAAAAACAUGGUUCACAAUUUAAAAAGAAAAUAUACUGUUAGUCAAAUUAUCAGCUUAACUUGAACUAUACCUAAAUUAAACUAUUCGCUAUCUCAAUGUGAAAUACAAUUUAUAAAAGCUCUAUUUAUCUGUAAAUAGAAUGUAUUUUUGUCCCUUUACAAUUUAUUAUCAGUGAAUAUAUUGUGCAGAAUAGUAUAUUGUUAAAUUAUUCUGUAAUUCAAAUUCUUAAAUAUCGUAUAUUAUAAAUUUUUAUUUUUACUUUUUGCGUAUUAUUGUACAAUAUUGACUUGAUUUUUUUGAAAAAAAGUCUCAUUUUGUUAAAAAUAAAUUUUUUCAUAAAAUAUAAA